CUUCAGCGGAGACCAAAUCUACAAAUAAGUUAAGUUGCUGUUUGGACAAAAUAAUCAUGAAGAUGUCUCAUCCUUUGGCUCUGGGAAAUCUGGGCAAUUGUGACAUUUCUCAUGGUCUACCAUUUUACUGUUUAUUCACGACAAUUAACAUGUUCUGGAUUCUUUCGAAUUAGAAUUUUAAGGAUGCCUAGCCCAUGUUCACACUUGAAAGAAUGGAAGGUCCACCUGAAUGAUAAUUUUGACAAGCUUUACUGGUUGCAGAUCUGGGUUACAGCGUCAUCAUGCCAAAAGUGUAACAAAGACUGAAGACCCAGAAUCCAUGUGGGGUAAUAACAAAGCACACCAUAAUUUGGGAGCCUGAGGGUUGUUAAAAAUGGGUACAAGGUCCUUAUUGAAGGUGGUUGUUAGAAGCCCAUGGCUCCAGGAAUCUAUCACCAAAGUAUCCGAGGUAUUUGAGUGACACAGCUCCACCACGCUCUAAAGGCUGACAUGACUGGCUAAAGAAAAUCAUCCUAACAUGAAGGUGAAGUGGGUAACAUUUGUGGAAAUAAGCCAUUUUGGUUUGAGGUGAGCUUAAAAUCUUUAUCAGCCACUCCUAUAAAAGUCUGCUCCAGUUUACCCACCUCAGUCAGAAACGACCUGGUUUUAUACAGCCAAUACCCAAACACGUUCAGUUUCACUAAAAACAUAAGUCACUCACUAUUUAUUAAUACUUCUUGUCGUUUUCAUAGUUAGCACAGUUAGCUGAUAGCAUGAGUUGCAGGUGUCUCAAACACCAGAAUGGGUAAUAGGAGUCCCACAUCUCAGUGAAGCUAACGGUACUAUCACUAGUGAGAUAAAAGUCUUCACAAUGAGUUAGCACUGUCUACGUAUGAAUUUUAAAAAGUUAAUUCAAUAGAGUGAUAUGGUCAGUUUGUGUAACGCUCUUGAACAUCCCUUGUUGUACACGUACAUGUGACAACAAACGUGCACGGCGCAUGCGGAAAAGGCACGUUUGAAAACUCACCCUUGGCAGCCGGUAGAAUAAAGUUCAAUGAAUUCCCUUUUUGUUUUAGCUCAUAUAGAGACACAAUAAAUAACAACACUAGAGAAAAACAUAUUACCGUUUUCCGCUACUUACAAAUUCCUCGUUCACGCCGCUAGCUCUGUAGAAACACAGGGUGUUGAGUGGAAAAAUCCACGUGUUACAAGAUGACAGCCACUGAAUGUGCCACUGACAGUGCGCUGUCUACAGCGGACAUCACUUAUAACAACAACAGCAACAAAAAUAAGAAAAAUGAAGCCGAGUUUAAGUCAGGCCGUCUCCUGAGUGACUCCUGUUGUCGCUGUGUUUACAUCUGUCUGAAUGUGAUUAUUGGGAAGCGGAUGUAGGCGGAGCCAAGCGUGAUGUUCAAAUGUGAUUGCGGAUUUUUAGGCUGGUGUUGUGCCGUUCGCGAACGAUUCGUUCAAAGAAACCGAAUCUUUUACGUGAACGUACUGAACCGAAUCACUUCCUCGAGUGAUUUGUUCGUUUCUCACUUCAGUUGAACUGAAGUGAGAAACAGCAUUGCCAGUCGAGCAGCCGGCGAGAGAGGGACUACAUGCACCAACACCUGAAUCACUUGGUGAACGAAUCAUGCAUUGAACUACACUCUCUGGAAUCAUUUUUGCUGGACAAAACUACCCUUUUUUUCACUGCUAAAUUGCCACCACAACUUUCAUACAAUAAGACACAGCAUGUAACAAGUAGUGCAUUAAACCCACAGCAUCCAAUCAUUGCAGCAGUUUGCGAGGGAACGGUGCAUGUUCACUUUGAAUUCUUCUAAACGUUCAGUGAACGAAUCCGACCAGGAGACCAAUUUACUGAGCUGACCUUAUAGAUAACAUACCAUAGGACGGUACACUUAAAACAUCAUGACAUAAAAGCAAGUUCAUUUUUACAAACCUGUUUGCCAAAGCAACACAGCCAAACACUCUCAUCUCCCAGUCCCAAAAGCUAUGAAUUGAACUGAAUCCUGAAAUGUUCAGCUGUGUAUCAGUUCAGGAGGUCAUAGUCGCAGGCUUCUCCUGACAAGCACUACAUGAUUCAGUAAUUUAGUGAACGAAUCUUUUGAACAAAUCUAUUUGGUGAACUGAUUCUUGUGAUUCGGUACAUCUAAAAGAACUGCCAUGCCCAUCACUAAUAUAUGCUGCAGUUUCAGGGUAGCAAUUUCACUUACUUUACUGUUAUUCAGCCACCCAUAGAGUUGCUGUCUGUAAUUCAGAUCAGUUGGUUCUGUUGCAGGGUCUAUGUCUGUCUUUUUGAUGCUAAGUGUUUUACUUUGGUCCAGCUGCUGGGGGUGAUGUCCACUGAGCUUUGUUUUGUAACCAAAUCACUAUUCCCAUUUGAAUCCCAUCCCUGUAUCACUCCUUUUAAUUUGGUGGGUGUCAACGCAAUGUCCAUGUAGCUUCUUAGCAAAGUGUCUUGUAAAACAAAAUGACAGAUCUCAUUGUGCCAUAAUUGCUUUAUCAUGGUAGCGCACACAUAAUAUGAGCACUGGGAGCAUUGAGUUCACUGUGAAGGAGCGUACUGUCAUACUUUCCCCAGUAGAUGGUAGUAUCACACUGCUGUUAUCUGAGGAUUUUACUCUCUAGCCAGUGACAAUAACCGGCUGUUGGUGUUACAGGUAAUCUAUCAAAAGUCGUCAUUUUUAUUAUCUGUCUUCACCGAUUUGUCUUAAGCUGUCGUCUCAGUUUACAGUGAAAACUACAGGACUCGAGCCUAUCUAUCAAUGAGAGUACGGUUUUGUGAACAAAAGCAGAAAGAUCCUGAACUUAAAGUUCAACUUACAGUUCAGAUGAUGUAUUUGCUGGAAGUCCCCGUUUAUCUUUCUUGGUAAGAAAUGCUUUUUUCUCUCUUUUUUUUUUUUUUUUUUUUACUGUUAUGCUGCUUCACUGAGAGUUUAAUCCUGCUUUCUUCUUUGUGAACAGCUCACAGAGGGAAGUUUCUUUUGCCCUGAGAGCAUCAAGUGACAUUCUGUCAACUUAAUGCAUAUCCCUCGAUUUCAUAUUCGUAAUUCUCCUCAGAAACUCAGAAAGUAAGGGCUUUAAUGUUUGGAGUUUUACAAUAAAUCCACAGUGUUUGGUAAAGAGUCAGUUAUCUUCAGCACCAGAGAACUUCAGGGUAUCUUUAUCCAUUUCAAAUGCCACUAGAAAGGAGGACUCACAACUGUUGAGGAUGAUUUAGUGGUUUGGUUGAGAAAUAUAUGAUUUGCUCAUAGUGUCAAGCUUUGGAGUCACAUGUCUCCUUAUUUUGAGUUCUUGUCUGUUUGAUGUUGAUUACAAGGGAAGAACACUUUCCUUUUAACACUGGGCAACUUAGUUGUCAAGAGCUUCAUGGAGAUACAGUAAUUUGAGGACUUGACCUUUGACCCAUGAGGUUGAGGUAGGCUAUAUACUCUCAGACUAUUCUAUACAGUCAAUGGGCUACACCUGCUGUUAUCACACAUAGUCUCUCUUGUGUUUUUAAAAAAUUUACUCUACUUUCGGUUUUUUAAAACAUGUCCCAUUAUCAUCAUGUUCACUUUCUUGUGAAGCUGAAAUGUAUCAGCAUGUCCAAAACCAGAACCCUAAGCACGAAGCUGCUGAAUGGAAGUCAACCUUCAAUGACUUUAUCAUUUAGGGUGCACCCUCACCUGUUGCUUUCCAUAGUGAUGCCGCAAUGUUUGAUGUGUGCCAGUUAUUCUUCCUCAUGAUCAAGAAAAUGAGUAUAGUUACUUUAAAGCUCCUGUGAGGGACUUUGGGUCUUUGUCAAGUUUGACGCCGCCUGGGGAUAAGGUAGGGUGACCAUAUUCUGACUUCCCAAAAAGAGGACACGACUACGUAGGGGCAGAGUCACGGAGUCACAGAGUCGCACAAAGUUAAUUUUGAGAGUUUUUCAGGGCGGAUCAAGUGUCUUUUAUGCGCUUCUUACUCAGUAAGUCCACGUGACACAAAAUCAAACUAUUCGAACAAAACUGCAGACAUUUGAGGGAUUUUAUAAACUUCCCCGGACAAAGCCGGAUAAGCCUGGACAGCCUCCUAGAUAAAGAGGACAUGUCCAAAUAAAAGAGGAUGUAUGGUCACCCUAGAUAAGGCUGCCUUAAGUCAUCUUGUCCUCUAAAUGCUUGAGUAGUUUUACAUGACAACAAAUCUCAUCCUGAUGACUUUUGAUGGCCAAUUUCAGACAAUAAAAAUAAUAGGUAAAAGAUGAACUUGUCUAUUUCAUAAAUGUCCAAACACUUCUUAUAGCAGCCUUAAAACUUCCUAGUAGAAAUACUUGACAGAAACCAGACCCUUUGACCAUCAUGGUUCAUAUCAAGGAGAGAUGCAUCAUAGAAAAUUGUAAGAGCAAUCAUUAAAGAAUAUUCCUUCUGAAUACGCAAGGGUUUUGGGUUGCAAGAGCCUUGGUUGGUCUACAAACGCACUCUGUACAUCCUACUGUACUUUUGACGCUGCAUCACAAUUAUGUAACCCUCAGUAGAACUGGCAAAAAAAUAUCUAUGUUAGAGCAAGUGGGCAAGUCCAUAAAACAUCUCGGUGAAGUUUCUUUCCACGGGGAGCUGGGUUUGAAGGAGAAAAUAUGAAGGGUUGGUUCUGAUGCGGACACAGAGGAACCAGCAGAAGAUGCGGAGAAUAAUUUGCUCUCCUCUGAUUCCUCUGCAUAGUGGAGGCACUAUCAGAGACCACGUGAGAGGAAUAUUCAAUGACGGUCCCCGACAGACCUAGUUCAUCUCUACUGGCACUCCUCUGCUGCUGACAUGGACUCCUCCUGGACUCUGUGUUUUCUCCCCACACACGACCAGUACUCUGUCUGAAUGUAACCUUUGGUCUUUUACCGUUUCCUUCUUCUUUUUCUGUUCUUUUUUCUUUUAUUUUUCUUCUUCUCACCUUCACUCGUCAAACUGUUAUUGGGGGAGUAUGGCUUGGCCGUGCAUAAGCAGAGUGUGCUGCUUGGCUCGUUUCUGGAACCAGUUCGAUAAAUCGGACCUUUCCGUCCCGCUCACCAUCCAGAACUACUCGGACAUCGCCGAGCAAGAGGUGCGGUCAGUCACCAAACAGGUCUCCGCCUCAGAGCGCGCGCCAGGGAAUAACUACUCGACCCCGGAGCCGCGGGCGACCGCAGGUUCCCCUCACGCGCGCGGUGAUGGCUCGGGGACCCGGGGAUCUUUCAGGGCACGGAAGGAUCCCAGUUACAAGCCCCGGGAGGAUUACCACCCACCCGGAGUUCCUUUCCCCAGCGUGACUCAGUACAAGCAGGAUUUCAAACCGUGGCCAAUUCCACGGAAGGAGAACUUCCCGUGGAUAAGUAACGGGGGCAGCAGAGCGGACAGUAUCUCGGACAGUCCGGUGAACAGUUACCUUCCCGGGGAGAGAGAGGAGCGGGGCAAGGGGCAGAGGUGGGGGGAGCAGCAGGUGAUGGAGGAGAGGAAAACAAGCUCCUACAGGUAGGACAUGUCCCCCUCUGUGACCCGUUUGUCGACCUGUCAGAGGACUCGGGGGUUGCUGGGAAACUACUGUCCACUUUGCCCUCGUUAGAUGGCACAACAGCUCAUGGAGGUACAGUGAUGACCCAGAAAGCCUGCAUGGAGAUAGGGGUCAUCAGUACUUCCUAAUCAAAUUCGAUUUUCAUAGAGUAUUAGAUUUACAUCCUUUUGUUUGGCUCUUGACUGAUUUAAAAAAAAUGAGAUAUGAAGUUUGAAUAUUCUGCAAAACAAUGAAAAUCAAAUCAAAUGCAAUUCAGUCAAAAGUGAGACAUUUUUGAUCAUUUCUUUUGAAAAGUAAAAAGAGGCCAGAAGACUAAAUUGGCUGAUCCAGUGGUGUAAAUACCCUGGUGGGGGCAGGGAGGCAAUGCCCACCUGGUGCAGAAAAACUGCAGUUAAAGUAUUUUCUUCUGUCUGAGAUGAAACUUUGAAGUAAUGCCAAUGAAAAAUUGUCAGUAAGCAUCAUAAACAUGGUUAUUGAUAAAGUAUUGAUAGUUCUGUCGUUUUACUUUUACAUAAUUAAAAUCUGACUACAGGCUGUUGCAUAAAUAUUCAUCAGAAGGGGAAUGAAUUAGGGAUGCACCGAUUUGAUAUUUGAUAUCGGUAUUGUCCCGAUAAUGAAGAAAAUUUUAGACAAUGGGCCCAAUGCAUAGGGGCAGAUCUAAUGAGUUUGACUUUAUACUAUGUGCUGUGAGUGGCAUCCACAAGUAUACACGCUGAGCGAUGCCCACAUUGUUUUCAAUACAUGGCCACUUGCAAUACCUACACAGUAAACGUUUCUAGAGGCAGUAGUAAAACUUCAGGUUACAACAAAAGGUAAUUCAGUGCAGCUUUUCUGUAUCAGAAUUGGAUUGUUAUCGGCUGAUACUAAACUGUAAAAAUCUGUAUCAGUAUUGGAGGUGAAAGAAAUGGAUCUGUGCAUCCCGGGUAAGAAUUAAGUUUUAGAUGCCCCAAAUUCCUAUCUCCAGGUUUCCAACCAGUAUGUUGCCCACCUAAAACAAUAUCAGCUGACCUUUACUGAUGCAAAUGCCUCAUCUUUACAGAAUACCAAGGUGAUACAAAAAACUGAGGAGUUAUGAAAUGAUCUUUAGAAAACUGGGAAGUUGGUUACAGCUUUUGUGACCUGGUGCCACAUGGCGUACAGCAGGUGCCCUUUCAGUUUUUCAUGCCUCUGUUCCUCAAAUAGCCUGAGCUGGUGUUUCAAUAGAAAUGCAAAAAAAAAAAAAAAAAAUCUGUAUUAUUUUUGACCUUUUUCACAGAGUGCAUGCUCUUCAAAGUGACCAUUUUUGAAGCCUCACUUUGUAAAGCAUUGCUUAAAAAUCAUGUCAGAUUCAACCUUUAAGCCUCCACUGAAUACAGCCCCCAUGGUGCUUGUCAGCCUAAUGAUGCAUCCCUUCUUCCAGACAGGAGUACAGACCGUGGACAGGGGUGAAACCAGCCAAAAGUGCAAGGAAAAACCCUCCCGCUCAAUACUCCAGCCCUGGCACAGAGGCCAUUGAGGUCCCACGUGAGACCAGCUACCAGGCUGCCUACAGCGGGGACGUGCACAACAGGUCCACAACUGGGCUACAUCAAGGAGAGCACAUCAUUCCAUCUGCUAGCACAAAUAUACAACCUGCUGCUGUCCCCCCACCCAUCCCUGCUGCCCUGCAGACCGGUGGCUCACAAACCCCCUCCGGUCUCCCGCAGAGCGUCCUGCCUGAGAGGACUGAGCUCAGCGUGAUGAGCAGAGGGGAGGUAAGCACAAGUAAUAUCGUUUUCUGCCGGAAGAGGCAUAUUUUGCAUGUUACCAAAACAGAUGUGAGUUCAAUGAGUUCACUGGAGGAGCUGCAGGUUUAAAAUCACAGCUCACUCCUCCUUAAACUCAUCUUUACUCAUCUCUCUGAAGGCCUGUUGCUGUCGGGGUGUCUCCGAAAAAUGAUACAGCAUUGUCUCCCUGAGCAGCUCCAAGUGACCAAGCUGUUUAAAACAGGCCGUGUGCUGUGUUAGAUAACACUCGGCUGGUGCUACACUCAUCACUCUGACCUGAAUACAAACAGCGUGAUGAGAACAAAAAGACAGGAAAUGGGAAACCUACAAAAAGUGAAAAAAAAACCCUGUAGAUAUAUAUGUUCAUCUAUUUAUAACAGAAGAUUAAGGCUAUGUGGGAGUAAUUGAUUUCUUCAAACAUAAAUGUAUUCUAUAUGAAUAUAUAACAUGUAUAAUUAGAAAGGAUUGUUUCAAAUCUAUCUUAGUCUCAUAGAAAACUUCCUUCAGUGAAAUCUAGACCUGUCAUUUGUAUCCAAAGUCAAUGCUUUUUUGAAGACUGAAGUUUGUUUACCUGCCACAAAAAUACAGUAAAAAUAAUUUACUGUAUGUCAAGAGAGUCUGACUAAGCUAGUAAUUCAUUCUAAUGUCAAGGAUAGAAAAUAAAAGUUUGUUCGAAAGCCAGGGGCAAAUUGAUGAGAGAAGAAGAAUCACUCCAAUAUUCACAGUUCUGUAUUUAAACCCAGAUUUUUAGUGACACAUAAAGAACAAGCGACACAGAGGGAUUCAAACAGUGCUGUGGGCAAGAAGGUAACAGGAUUUACUCAGAAAGCUGAAACGCAUCAGUUCAGUUAGGAUGUUCCAGAUUAAUGUGGGAUAAAGUCUGAGUAAGGGGACAAGCCCACCCGUCCCCUCCCCUCCUUUUUGUGCCCUCUCUUGUUGCUGCAGCGACAAAAAACGAGACAGUUUUUGGGAGUCUCCAAAGUGAAGGUUUAGUGCCAUCCCUCCUCCCCGCCCACACCCUCCUGUGCCAUCUGCCCUGCAGAGAGCUGGGCCGGGUCGGGUCGGGCAGAGCUGGGCCAGGUCAGGCUGAUUUGCCCGUUUUAGCGCUGCUUAGCAACAGCUGCCGCAAUAAAAGUGACUGUGACGCUCAUCUGGAAAGGUUAGAAGAUUUGUUUUUGUGAGAAAAGCUGAAUCUUCAGGAUGGUAGUGCGAAAUGACAAUGAUAUCAUAUGUAUUAGGAGGUUUGAGAAAUCAUUUGAAAUUAUAGGCUGAGCUUAUUUUAGUGUUUAUCUAAAAAGCUGUAUCAGCACUCCCCCAUUCAUAGGACUCAGACAUACUGUAUGUUUUGGCAAGUAGCAUUGUUGUAACUAGAAUCAACAAAGUACAUAAAAUGUCAAAGUUUGAGUGAAGUUUUUCAAGGAUACCUCAGUGUUUGUAAAAUACUUAGUCAUUAUAUUGUGCCCUCAGUCCUGCAAUUUCAGAGGUUAUGGAAUAACUACUUGAGGAAAAUAACCCUCUAGUUAUUUGCAUACAUUUGUGUCUAUUGGCUGCUGUGUGAGGGCGUUCUGACUCUCAGUUUCUGUGCGACUGUGAUGGAGGUGAAACUGAGAGAUGUCAGUGGUGGGACACAAACUCUAUUAAUACCUCUGGCCCAGUUGGAGUGAGAGUUUACGGCACAUUAUGAAGGGACGUGCUGCUGGCAGUGUGCUGUGGGACUGAGUGCUGCUGUCUAUUUCACACACACCCUUUCAUUUUCAUGGUGCAGGUUUUUUUUUUUUUUUUUUCAGCUACUCCCCAGUCUGUUGGUGCGACACACACCAACCUGGCAGCGAAUCAAGUCUAUCUUAGAUAAUCCACCUCGGUCACCAUCCUCCCACUCGCUGCCAACUCAUUACUGACUCACCAGCCCCCCUGCAGAGGUGUCUGACUGAGUAUAGCACAUCCCACUCUUCUCGCAUGCUUUGCACCGGGAGGGUCAUGGCACUCUGCUGGUAUUUGCCCAUGAGGAAAAUCACCGUUUGUGCUGCAAUUCCAUAAACUGAGCAGACGACGAUGCAUCCUCAUUUAGAGCAAAGCGUUUCUAUCUAUUCAUUAAAAGAUUUAACGCUUAAGUCCCAAAUAAGCUGCUGAAAUCAAAAUCUGCUCCUGAUGAUAAAGGAGUCAGCAGCCAUGAAAUUCUCAUUAUUACUCAAAUCAAUCUGCCAAAUUGUGUGCGCCCUUCACCCAUCAGAGAUAAAAUCCAUCUCCGCAGAUAAAGAUGUCUCUAAUUGUAUGACACGCAGCAGACAAUUGACCGUUUAGAGCACGCUGAGAGAGCCCCGUGUUGUUGAACUCAUUCAACUCUGCAAACCUAAUUUAAAACAUCCUGUUGAGAGGUUAUAUUGCUUGCUGUCGAAUGAAAGAAUGAACUACUGUUAAAACCUCAAACCCACGGAUUUGCGGCUAAAUAAUCCGGAGUGUGUCUCAGGGAUGAGUGAGACAAAAAACAGCUGAAUGGGGAAUACAUUAAGCAUGCAGAGUAGAAACCUCAGCAGGAAAGUCCUGUUAUGGUGAAUUCGUGGUUGUUUUUAUAGUCGGCUUAGAGGCAGCAGCCCUCCUGAGAUUUUGGAUUGUACUGUCAGAGCUCACAGGCUCCCUGUGCCGUGCGGCGCUGUGAAUGUACAUCAGAGUGGUGGGAUGGAGAUGCUGCUCACAAUAGAUUAAAACAGUUUGAAAAGGUUAGAAAAGCUGCAGGGACAGUACAACCUCAAGAUUCACUUCCCUUUCUAACCCCUAUCAUUUCUCUUCUCUCUAUUUACCCAGGGGCGAGGCCAGAAGGUGCCCCAGUGCCCCCAUUACCAAAGAUAGAAGGUGUUGAUAGUCUGCUUGGUAGAAGUCACCAUGAAACCACCUCAACGCAGGGCGAGAUAUCAUUAAGAGACAAAGUAUCUACCACCAAAACAAAACAAGUACAACUACAAAUAUACACAGAAUGACCUAAAGGUUUUGUUGGAAAUCUUCAGUGAAAGGUAGAAAGAAAAUACAGAAGAAUCAACAUGUGCAAAAAGCUGCAAGGCAACCAGGGGUGAUGCAAAACAACUGCCAAGAGUCUGGACAACAAAGAGACACAAAAACAGCUACAAAGAGGCACAAAAAACAGCAUGACACAUACACAAAUCACAGCCCAACACGAGACGCAAACUGACUGUUAUGUAUCUCAGCCUCUGCAGUAAUCUUUGUCAAUCUUUGACCUUCUUGACGGGCUCAUCAUUUUUCCCUCUCUUUAAAAACACAUCUAAAUCUGUUUGAUAAUGAGCCAAAUGACCUUUAAGAAACGCAAAGUAGCUCCUGAAAGACAGAGGUGGGCAGUAUUUGCAGUUCAUCUGUUAUUUCUGUUUAAAAUGUACUGACAUGCAGUGACAUUUACAUUUAAACCUGUUGAAAAUCUGAGCCCCCUUUGACAUCAAGCUAUACAAAGCAGUGACACAAAGCAACUUUAAAGAGUCAAAAAAGAAAAAGGAAAUUCAAAGUGAAUCCAAAGAGACACAAAGCAACUACAAAGAGAUGCCAAACGACUAUAAAGUAAUGCAAUGAAAUUUUCAAUGGAUGAAAAGAAAGGACAGAGAUCCAAAGUGACCCCUAAGAGACAGAUUUCACCGCAGGCACUCAAAAUGAGUACACUAGGAUACAAAGUAAGUACAGAGAUCAGAAAACUGACCACAAAGAGGCAGAAAGCUUCAAUAAAGAGGGAUGAAAACAACAACCACACACAGAAUGAUUAAGAGAAAAGGGGCCACAUGAUCUGUAUUCUGUAGGCGACUUGAAUAUUAUACCUUUUUUAGUCCUUUUAUUUCCUUUAAAACUGUCCCAACUCAAAGUUUCUAAAUUCACCCCGGCUGUUACCCACUAAUCCCAUUGUUCCCUUUUUUUCUUUGUCUCCCAUUUUUGUUCCCCCUCCGUUUUGUAAAUUCUCUGAGCCAGACUUUCUCCCCUAUUCUUUCACUUGGACCUUUUCCCUAUUCCCACGCUGCCCGAGACUACAGAGAGAAAGAAACCUGUGCCAAGUUGGCAGGACAGAGGCGGGGAGGAGAGGAGCGAAUUGUAUUAAGAGCAGAGAGACCGGAGAACGUUGAGGGAAUAGAGACAAAGAUUGGGUAAAAAGAUGAGGAGAGAGGAAUGAGAUACCGAGAGUGAUGGAGAAUGAGAGAGUGGGGAGGGGGAGGGGUUGAUGGAUUAUCUGUUCAAGUGUAAUGUGAUGUUGCAUGGGGUUGCAGUCUUUUUUGGCACCGAUUUAAUUUAGGAGAGAGGCAGACCUGGCUGCUGCACAGUGCACAAAAGCCUGAAAGUGUGUCUGUGUGUGUGUGUGGGAGGGGGGGAGUAGGCGAGUGCACUCACACCAAUCUGACUUGCUGAACAACGUGUACUGCCUUCCCUGCCACCCACAGCGCCGUACAGUCACAUCCAAAGUGGUGCUGGGACAGCAGAGCGUCAAUCUCUCUGCAGACUUAUGCUCUGAUUAUCUGAUGAAAGCUGCAACGCUCCACAUUUAUGCACGAGGGCUGAAAUUGUAUUGAAGGAGAGAGGAUAUAAACAGAUCAUGAGUGCAGGGAUAUGAAAACAUCAGCACAGAAAAAAGGCGAGGAAAGCAAAUACAAUAUUUAAAGCACUCUACCAGGUAAACAGUGAAAAGGAUGGAAACUACACUUUUCUGUCUAGAUCAUGCACUCUCCAAGAGGCAGAGGUGAGGUUUUAUAUACCGACUCAGGACGAGAUACCCUAACACAUCGUAACAUACAACAGUAUUAUCAAAAAGUAAAAUAUACAAUCUUUGCUGAUAUGUGCUUACUGAGCUUACUCUCUAUCAUUUAUUUUGUCUUUUAUUUUAUCAUUUUUAUCUGUUUUUUUUCUGUACAUAACUGUUUUAUUUAUGCACUAGCUGGGAUAUUUUAAGUUUUGACUUGAAUUGAAUAUUGGAAAUUUAAUAUUACUUUUACUCUGUUCAGAAAACAUGAACAUUCAGAUUUUUGAAAAAUGGCUGUACAGUUGUCAGUAAAUAAAAGAAAAAGGAAGAAAACCAUGCAUAAACAGCGAGGGAGGUGAAAUACAGUUUUGGCUUCGGAGGUGGAUUAGGAGUAGUUGACAACAGACUGAUUUGACAGCUUUUUAAAAUUUCUUUUCCGUGACAAACACUCACAAUGAGUCAUACAUUUCACUGUUAAAAGACAAAAAAAAUUAGGUACUUGGUUGAGACUACUUCUUUUACAUAUACAAGAUAAGAGAUCAGAGGUUUUACUUAGUGUAUUUAGGUGUUUAACAAAUCGAUUUAUUGCCUCAGUCCAACUGAAAAUGAAGUUUUAAAAAACACAUGAACACAUUAGUCAGACUGAAAUUGCAAUAAUUAAACUUUACAAAGUCAGAGCAACAUAUUUGGAUAACAUAUUCAUGCCAUGCAUGCUGAUGACAUUUCCAAGUGGUAACAGAGAAUAAAGGUCAAAAAGUGUAGGACCUUGAAUUGAACCCUGGGGGACACCACAAUUCAUUUUGUUAUGUCCAGAGGAAAUCAGGAUUGAAAGUGCCAUAGACUGUUUUAAGACAAGAUGUUGGGAUGGGAUCUAAGAGACAGGUUGCUAGUCUGACUAAUUUGGCACAUGAGGAGGUGGGUAAAUACUGUUGCCAUGGAAUCUGCAGAACAACUAUUUUUCCCCUGUUUUUAUAACUUUUGAAUCAAUGAGAUCAUCUUCAAAUCAAUAGUUAGUGUCAGCUGUUUCUUGGUUAUAAGCUUUGUGUUGGCAUCGUGUCCACCAUGCUGGCUCUCUCAACAUUAUUCCUUAUUUCAUCUCAUUUUGUAGCUCCAGCAUUUCUCUUUUCGCUACACUCCGGCAACAUUUAAUGAUGAUAAACUAUCUAUUGAGCUUUUUGUUUCCUGUCAGAGUCAGACAUGCUAUUCGUUUUUUUGUUCAGGAAAGAAAAAUUCUUCUGUUUAUGAAAACUGAAUGUAUCUAUUGACCCUUCUUUGGUUUCUCAGCAUAACAGCGCUUUUAUUUAUCAGCCAAAGCUUUGAGAGAUUCUGGUCAGGCUCAGAGGUAGGCUGCCAUCAGCAGAACAAAUAACGUUAAGCAGGAGAAAGCAACAUGGUCUUGUCUUCUGGCACUUAGACAGCAGUCCUGAUGCUUUCUGACGGCACAGCCCGACCAGUCUCCUCUUAUUUCAUGGCUCCAGUGUGAGCACACUCUGAGCUGCUGCUGCUGCUGCUCUCUCAAGUUUCAUCUCUGUGAUCUCCUAAAGAGCUGCUGUUACACCUGUCUUCCUUUGUCUCUCUGUCUCAGGAACAUCUGGUGAGGACCAAACUCCCUCCAAACCCCUCUGCUGUCUUCCAAAGUGGAUCCAGGGUCUUCAACAUCUGACAUAUUUCCAACCACUCCUCUUUGAUUGGUGUCAGUUUUUAAAGGAAUAAACAGGGGAAUGAUUUCAGUCCAUUCCACAACACAAGAAUCUAUGCAAGGGAAUGUAAUGUUGUGAAGCCUGCAGAGCUGCAGCGUACAGACAGAUAGACAACCCCUGUGUACCUUCCUACCCCUGUUGCUAUGGAAAUGAAUAUGCAUGUAAGAAAAUAAUUUGUUUCUGCAGCUAUAGAUGCACAAGAAACUGGCUGCUCUGUUCGUGUGAGUGUGUGUAUGUGUGUGUUUGUAUGUGUGCACACGCUGAUUUGUCCCUUUGUUGUCAAGUCUGCUGUAGUUAUGAAUGACGUGGUUGGUCUUUAAAUGCUUUGAGUGCUAUGUUGGCCUUUGGUGUUGCUAGAAAAUCUGCUUGAAAAUAUGUUAUUUAUUUAGUCAGUAUACUAUUAGUUUGCUAUUUUGAGAAAGUGUUGUUAGGUUUAUCAUUUUGUAAAAAUCGAUUGUUGAAGACAAGGAGUAAAUAUACAACAUGUCAGUAAAAAUACAAUAAAAGACAAUUAGGUUCUUAGCCCUUUUACCAGG